CACACCUAAAAACAACAACGGUUACGCUGGACUUCCGUCGACGUCACUUCCUCACACGGCUUCCGUCAAUUCUGUUUCCAGUGGCAACUUGAGGACGCAAAACUCGCCGACGAAAUGGCAGAAGUUGAGGAAACAUUCCAGAGAGUGGAAGCUAAUAGGAGCGUGAUUGGAACAAUAAUUGCCAGUGCGGAUGGUCUCCCAGUCCGAUCAACGUUUGAGAGCUCAAAGGCUGCAAGGUACGUUGGAAUCCUUGGCCACCUGACCACGAUGGCCACCAGCACAGUGAGGGACAUUGACCCUCAGAACGAUCUCACUGUCCUCCGCAUUGGCACUAAGAACCAAGAAAUCAUGGUUGCACCAGAGAAUGGCUUUCUCGUGAUUGUCCUCCAGAGGUGUGAUGGGUGAGGUGCCCUAGUUGUGUUAUCAUUCAAGAAAAAUGCUGAAUUGUUCCUGUGGUGGGUUCCAAUGAGGUGUCCCAGGUGAAAGGCACACGACAACUGGGACUUGGCGAUGAAACCUAAGGUCAAAUAAAAAUAAUUCUUCUGCACAAAAGCAGACUGGGAACAAAAACAAAA